CGAGAGAGAGAGAGAGAGAGAAAGGUGCCAAAGCUGAGAUGUCAUUGUUUCCAUAUGAUUUAACCAGCUCUCGGACUUUCGAGGCAAAAUCUUUUUUAUGGCAACACUGUGCACUCUAGCUCUCCAUUCCAAGGCCUUAGUCUCGUCUCCUUCCUUGUUUUCUUCUAGAAACUUAACCGGAUUUAGGUCCAGAAGGAGGAGCUUUGGAGCAGUGCCCAAUGCGAAGAUUGGCGAGGAGGACAAGACGCUAUCAUCGAAACAAGCUCGUUCUUCUUCUUUAGAAGAUGUUUCGAAGACAACCAAGCCGGAGAGUUCCAUCGAUUUGGGCGAUCCGGACUUCGGAUGGGUUCCUGUUUUGCCGCACGUACUCACGGCGGCCAUGGCGAACUUCAUGUUUGGUUACCACAUUGGUGUUAUCAAUGGACCGCUGGAAUCCAUUGCCCGGGAGCUUGGCUUUGACGGGGACACCAUAAUGCAAGGCUUCGUGGUGAGCAUUUUCAUUGUGGGUGCGUUUGCUGGGAGCGUAAGUGGUGGUGUUCUAGCGGACAAGAUUGGACGACGUAGAACUUUCCAGCUGGAUAUGAUCCCGCUCGUCCUGGGGCCUGCUAUCAGUGCGAAUGCUCACACAGUUAACGAAAUGCUCAUCGGCCGGGCUUUGGUGGGGCUCGGCAUUGGGAUCAACACUUCGCUCGUUCCUCUCUACAUUUCAGAGAUAUCUCCCACAAAGUAUCGAGGCGCCUUGUGUAGUUUAUGCCAGAUUGGUACGUGUACCGGGAUUAUAGUCUCUUUGCUCCUUGGAAUUCCAGCACAAACCGAUCCUCACUGGUGGAGAGAAAUGUUUUGGAUUGGCUCGGUUCCUGCCGCAUUGCUCAUCGUUGCAAUGCAGUUCGCCGUGGAAAGCCCUCGUUGGCUCGCAAGAAACGGACAAUGGGAAGAGGCACUUUCCACGAUAAAAAAACUGUGGGGUGAGGCCGAAGUGGAGCAAGCGAUCCAGGAGCUGAAAAGAUCCAGCGACGUAGAUGGCGAGAAAGAUCAAGCAUCGUGGGGAGAACUCCUGCUCGCACAAAACCGAAAAGUGGCACUCAUAGGUGGCUCCCUCUUCUUCCUUCAGCAGUUCGCGGGGAUUAACGGGGUUUUGUAUUUCUCGUCCUCGACUUUCCACGACGCUGGGAUUAGCGAUGGAUUAACAGCCAGCGUCGCCGUUGGCGUUGUCAACUUUGCGGGGGCGCUGGUAGCAUCGUCUCUCAUGGACAAACAAGGACGGCGAAAGCUCUUAAUGAUCAGCUACACUGGCAUGGCGAUCUCCAUGGCUGUGCUCGUAGUGGCAUUGGAGGCCCCCAUGGACGACUCCAUAGCGCACUUACUUUCCGUGAUUGGAACACUCACAUAUAUGUUUACCUUUGCUCUUGGAGCUGGGCCAGUGACAGGUAUUAUCAUCCCCGAGCUAUGCACGACAAGAAGCCGAGCAAAGAUCAUGGCUUUUAGCCUGUGCGUGCAUUGGGUGUCCAACUUUUUCAUCGGCUUGUUCUUCCUGACCGCGAUUCAAGCGUUUGGCCUUCCAGCGGUCUACACUGGCUUCGGUGCCGUCUCCUUGGCCACCGUCGCCUUUGCAAACAGCUUCAUCAUCGAGACCAAAGGCAAAUCGCUCGAGGAGAUCCAGCUUCUCAUAAAUCCAGACUAGCGAGCAUAGACAAAAGCUUGAAACAAAAACACUUUAAAGUGAGCUAACAAACAAGGUACGCUUCUCGCUAUAACUUGAUCGGCCACAUCGAUCGAAGAAAUCCAAGUUUUGGAAUUCUCGGCAGGCAAGGCUCACGCCUCGAUUGGUUUCCAGCGAGUGGCAUAAAGAUGAUCCCGGGAAGCGUCCACGCUGCUGGAAACAAACUUGCUACUACGAAGAAUGGCCAUGAGGCUCGUACGUUAUGCGGCUUUAAUAGACAAGGAGGACCACUCUACGGACACAAAAAAACGUCCUUGUGGAAUUAUAUCUUUCUUUUUCCUCUUUUUUCAAAAUGUAAGCUUCUCUUUCUCCAUCCGUCGAGGUCGAGAACUUUGACAAGGGAAAA